CUGUAUUAUCUCCGUAGGCUUCUUUGUACCCCAUACCCACUCUGAACAGCUCGACCCUCUGUCUUCACUGCUCGAAUUGCUUUCUACCUUUCUGUUCCCUUGACGUACCAACCACAGACACGAUGGCACAAGCAGGCGGCACCGGAUCAUACAACAACCCUCUGAAGAAGUUCAAAUUGGUCUUCCUCGGCGAGCAAAGCGUUGGCAAGACGUCGCUCAUCACGCGCUUCAUGUACGACUCUUUCGAUAAUAUGUACCAGGCGACAAUAGGCAUCGACUUCCUCUCCAAAACCAUGUACCUUGAAGACCGAACAGUGCGAUUACAAUUAUGGGACACAGCGGGACAGGAGCGGUUCCGAAGUUUAAUUCCCUCCUACAUCCGAGAUUCAAGCGUGGCAGUGGUGGUAUACGAUAUAUCGAAUGCGAAGUCAUUCCAGAACACACGGAAAUGGGUAGACGAUGUGCGAGGCGAGCGCGGAAACGAUGUGAUAAUUGUGUUGGUGGGAAACAAGACGGAUUUGAAUGACAAGCGAGAGGUUACAACAGCGCAGGGCGAGGAAGAGGCAAAGAAGAACAACCUCAUGUUCAUCGAGACGAGUGCAAAGGUUGGACAUAACGUUAAGAACCUAUUCAGGAGGAUAGCGCAGGCAUUACCAGGGAUGGACGGCGCAGAGGGCGCUGCAGCUACCGAAAAUACGAGGAUCGAUGUCGAUAUCAACCAAGCGCCGGUCAGCCAGGAGGGAUGUGCAUGUUGA